AUGAAGCCCAAGUGCAGCCACAAGCUAUCCUUGGCCAGCGCCGAGGAAAGCAAAAAUGAAGAAAUCGACAGGGAGUAUUACAGCUGUAUAAAGAACUGUGCCACUGAUUUGCAGAAUUUGUCUUUAAAUUUUUUCCCCUCCAUAAAUACGUACACGUGCAUUCCCAAAAUAAAUGCCAUCAAUUCGAUAACCUUUCACCCCUGCAUUUCGAGCCGAGAUUAUUUUAACAACACGUAUUCGUUCAAGCCGUUGUUCACGCACCACUUCUUUAGUGACAGCGAGCAGGUGGGCGAGCCGGGCGAGCCGAGCGCGCACGAGAGGGAGCACCCCACCGCUUCGCCUCUUCCACCACUUUACUUCCCCCCCCCCCUGCAGGUCAUCGGGUUCGACAGCCUCAAAAUAGACUUCUACUACACAUGUGACAACUACGAAGUUUUCAUGAAGCUGAGCGGGUCCAUAAGUGACCAGUAUGAAAAUUCCAACUACAUCAUGCUGAUGCUUUUGCAGAAUUUGUACAUCACGACGCCCUACCCGGGUGGGUUCAUCGAGACGGAGGAGGAGUUCCUGCGGAUUCUUAGGAGAAACGAAGGGGUAGAGGGGGUAGAAGUGGUGGGGCCGCUAGAACGGGCAGGGCCGGUAGAGCGAAAUGCGCAGGGCAGGGCGAAGGAGAAGACCAAAGCGAGCGGCGCCAAACAAAGUGCCGCACUAACGCAAGAGCAGAUUUAUAAACCCCCCGGGUUUAUCAUUUACGAAAAAAGACUCAGUGAUGAUAUUUAUUUGCAAAUUAGGAAGUGUGGCUUCUCUUCGAAGUAUUUUAAGUUAGAAAGUGUCAGCAAUGCGGACGAGGAGGAGGAGGAGGAGGAGGAGGAAGAAGAGGAGGAAGAGGAAGAAGAGGAGGAGGAAGAAGAAGAGGAGGGGGAGAAGCCGGGGGAGAAGCCGGGGGAGAAGCUGGAAGCGAACCUGGGAGGCACAGAUGGAUCUGUCUACCAAAACGGCUUUGCAGAUAUGGUCCAAAAUGAGAACACCCCUUCUAAGGAUCAACCCUGUAGCCCCCCCAAAACCGACAGGAGUAAACACAAAAGGGGGAGCUCAGUUAAGGAGACAAAGAGUGAGCAUAGGAAGAGUUCCAAAGGAGGAGAAAUUAACAGCAGUUGCAUAAAUCAAAAUGAUAAUCAUAACAUAAAGAGGGGACUUCCAAAUGAGCCAUGUGAGGAUGACAGCAAGGGUGAAGGGAACGAAGCUGCCACGCCAAAAUACGUCAUCCAUGAUGAUAACUGUGGGAGCAGCACAACGUCCAACGAAUUUAACAAAGAAAUUCUUAGGAAGAAGAGGUACUCGAAAACUUCCUUGGUUGGCUCGUGCACGAGGAGCAACGAGGAGUCCCUGUCGAGCAAGGAAAAGAUAAAAAAAGAAAAGAAGACAAAGGAGCCCCCCACACAUCCUGUAGUUGAUGGCGCCGAUUGCGGAAAUGAUAACUCCCCGGUCGAAUUGAAGAAGGCAAAGAAGAACUUCACGAAACAUGUUACGGAGCGGGACAUGUCUAAGCUUUACCGGCAAUACCUGCGCGUCGUGAGGGCCAAGAGGAGGAACAGCCUCGCCGCGAGGGGUGACUCCCUGAAGGAGAAGACCCCCGCUAGGAGGAAGUUGGAGAGGCAGAAAUGUUCGGGGGGGUCCGCGCGGGGGGGCGCGGCUGUGCCUGUCGAAGAGAAUGCGGCAGGAAAUGCGGCAGAAACUGCGGCUGAAACGGUCGCUAUACCUGCCGCUGUGCCACCCGCUGUGUCACCCGCUGUACCCGCCUCUAUACCCGCCGCUGUACCCCCCGAGAUGGGCGCGGCGAGCGAGUCGGCGGCGCCGCUCGAUUCGAGUUCCCCAAAGAGAGGAAGUCCUCCAAAGAGAGGAGGUUCGCCCAAAAAAGCGUGUUCGCCAAAGAGAGGAAGUUCACCAAAGAAGGGGGGAUCGCCAAACCAGCGAGCCUCACCAGGUAAGGGCGGCUCCGCGAACCAAGCAGUAGAACCCCCCCAGGGGAACGCACCUCACGAGAAAGGAACGAACAGCAGAAGGAAGAAAAACGUGCGAGAAGAACUCCCCGGGGCUAAGUACGAUUACACAGUUAAGAAGAACUUUGAGUUGCUACACAGAAAGGUGGAGUGGUUCUACCACUGGUUUAUAGAAAGCGCCUCUAACAUAGAAUAUGACUACCGGUGGAGUGUCAUUUUGCCCUACAUAGUGUUUAAGCAUGAUGAGGAGAAGAAGUUCACAGAAAAUAAUUUCAUCGAGAAUUUAAACGUGCAGCUUCUUAAGAACCGAUCCGCUAAUGUGAGUGUUCUUCCGAGUGUCAAGUUGGAGGCUGCGGCCCCCCCAAGUGUUGCAGUCAGCAACGAGGAAGUGUCUCCCCCGAUGGGGAAGGAUGUGGAGACUGGGAAUAAGAAGAAACACAAGCGAGGAGCGACAGCUGCGGUGAGGGAAAAGAAGCAGGUGAAGAAGAGGAAGAAGGGUCAGGGAGGAGCGGCAGGGGAGCAGACACUCGAGUGUGUAGGAGAUCGUGUUGGAGAUCGCGUAGGAGAGUGUUUCCCCGAAGCGGCGAAUGACCUGCAGAGCGGGAGGGAGCAACCCGAAGGAAGGGUGAAGAAGGAGAGCAGCAAUAAAAGGGAGAACACUCAAGAGAGUCACCACGAUGGCCACACAGAAGCGGUCUUCGAUCAGAACGAGUACGUCCUUACCAGCGAGAUUGUCAUCAAAGCGAUUGAAAACACUCUGAAGGAUGUGCGGAGUCAGGACGAAGAGGAGUAUUACGCAUUUCAUAAAAAUCAUGAUGUCAUUUAUUUGUACUCCGAUUUGGAGAAAGGCGGGGGGGAGGCAGCAACCAAGGGGGAGGCGGCAGCCAGGGGGGCAGUGCAAAAUACCCAAGCAGUAACCGACGUGAAGGGGGAAAGGAAGACCACGGGGAGAAAGGGGUCCGCGGCUGAAGGGGGGAAGGAAAUACCCCUCAAGGAGGAAGAGCCGGUGGAAGACGUAAAUGAGCAGGAUGGAGAAAAGAAGAGGAAAAAGAGUAAAAACAAAAAUGAGGCUAAAAGUGAAGGCAAAAGUGAGGGCAAAAAUGAAGCCCAAAAUGAAGGCACAAGUGAAGCCAAAAGUGAAACCCACAAUGAAGGCAAACACAAAAGCAAAGACAAAAGGAGAGAUAAACAAAAAAGCAAAGCCAAAAGGGACGCUAAAGGCGAAGAUAAAAAACAAAGCCUCUACUACUUCUAUCUCUUCGGAUUGGCCACGACCUACACCUUUUUCACCUUCCAAUUUGACCGAAACAGAAUUUCGCAGUUUUUAAUAUUUCCCCCGAUGCAGAGCAAAGGGCUGGGGAUGAAGGUGCUGGAGAAGAUAUACCACCUAUCUAUUGUUAAUUCGAAUGUGAAAGAAAUUACUGUAGAGGACCCAGCGGUCUCGUUCACCCAGCUGAGGGACAUCAUCACCAUCAAGAUGUGCAUCGACUUGAGGAUUCUUAGCCCCACCAUCCUCUACCCAAGUGAUUAUUUAAAAACAAAAAAUAUAGACAAGGAAUAUGCCGAUUUAGAUAAAAGGAAAUUCAUGAAGGUGUGCAAAGAGACACACAAGCAGAUUACUAGGAUGAUUGAGACUUUGCUCUUGGCGGGUGUUUUGCCGCACCCCGCCCCCAGCUAUGCAGAUAUUGGGGAGGAUAAAGCCUCGGGCGUUAGGAAGAAGGAGAAGAAGAACGAAAGCCCCGACUCCCUCAAUUCGAUGGAGCACUUCGAGUCCUCCGAUUUGUGCAAAGACGUGCGCAUCAAGAUUAAGAAGCGCAUCAAAAAUGACUACAUUGGCAAUUUGAUUAACAAGAAUAUGAACUGCAUGGCGAGCGACGUCUUCCAGGACUACGUAAUGGGGAGGGAGAGUCAGGCAAAGCAUCACUCAUUAGCGGUCAAGGAGGAGCUUUACAAACUUUGGAAGAAGCAGUGCAAGGUCUACUACAGGUGA